CUCUUCUGCCAUUUCUUUGUUGCAGGCUAUUAUUUGUGAAGAAUUUCCUCGACGUCAGCAGCGUAUUCAACCGCAAAACUCAAUAUAUACUCGGUUGCAGAAGCAAUACAACACAGUAUUUUGCACAAAAUUUUGUUAGUUUUUUCCUGCGCGGAUGCAAGCAGCAGCAUACAGAAAUAUUAGCAGCCCGCAAGUGAACUCAGCGUGUCGAGGUCAAUAAAAGCGACGGCUACAGCAAGUUGAAGUACAAUAAACAAAUAAGAAAAAAAGUAAAUUACUGCGCUUAAUGAUUAACCACUGCUGAUAACACCAGUCGAAAGCCAACGCAGCGCAAACGUUUGGUUUUUCAACUUUUUUCUCGCUGCUUUUUUUGCCCAUUUUUAAUGCGCUCGGACAGGCAAGCAAUCGACUAACCAAUCGAGCAUUAAAAAAUAAAAAUAAAAUUGUAAAAAAAAAACAAUAGCGUAGUAAAAUAUCGAUGAAGUGCGGUAAACAAAGUGAUUAAUGUGCAUUUUUUUUAACAAUAAAUAAAUAAAAAUAUUCGCGUUAUUCAAAGUUGAAGCAAAUGCAAAAACGCUGUUAAUUUGUAAAAUUUCUUAAGUAAACAGCCAACUCAGCAGAACUUAAAUGCAAGCAGGCACACACGCACACACAAGCACACGCGCAUACAGUUACAUGCAAUGCAAAUGAGCUUAAGUAAACGAUAAAAGACACCACCAACUAAUUAAUUCAUUAACUAAUUAACUUAUUUUUUAUUUUAAUGUUGUUCUAAUCAGCCAGCGAUACAAACACUUCCACACGUAGCGGAAUAUAAAGCAAGUCAAGAAGAAAAAAAAAAAAUUAAAUUAAAUUAAAAAAAAUUCUAGGUAUUUACAUUAAACAGCAGCAGACAGAUCAUUGAAGAAGAGAAAGAAAAUAAAUUAAAGAAAAAAAUAAAAUAACCAGCAUCAUUGAAGAGUUCAUUAAAAUACAAGAAAUCAAGUAAAAGCGGUAGCCAAAGCAGAUAUCAAGCAAUUGUCGACUCGACAAAAAAAAACAAUAAACGGAAAUCUCAACCACACGCGCUACUCGCAAAUCAAAUCGUUGGUCGCUAUCAUACACCGUGUACCGUACCCCUUCCACAGCUACUACAUUUAGUACACCAGUGUAAGUGUUCUAUGUAAGUGUGAGUGUUGUCGAAGUGAAAUUUAUAGCGUAUUGAGAAAAAUAAUACAUAUAUAAAAUAGAAAAAAAAGGUGAAAAAUAAGCUAGCAACAUUACAACCGCAAGCACGCUGCAGCAGCAACAAGGAAACCAAUAACCACUAAAAUAACAACAGCAGCAGCAGCAAAAAUAGCUUCAAUUACGACGGCAACAACACCAACACCAGCAGCAGCAGCAGCAACAGCCGCAGCAAAUAUGGAAGACAAUAACACAAGUACGCCAAUGAAGACCGACGAAUCAGUCACAUUAACAAUCAGGCUGAUAAUGCAAGGCAAGGAAGUUGGCAGCAUUAUUGGCAAAAAAGGAGAGAUUGUGAACAGAUUUCGUGAGGAGUCUGGCGCAAAAAUCAACAUCUCGGACGGUUCAUGCCCGGAGCGCAUUGUCACUGUAUCUGGUACGACCAGCGCGAUCUUCUCGGCUUUCACGCUCAUCACAAAGAAGUUUGAAGAGUGGUGCUCACAGUUCAGUGAUGUUGGCAAGGUUGGCAAAACUCAAAUACCGAUACGUUUAAUUGUGCCCGCCAGUCAAUGUGGAUCGUUAAUUGGCAAAAGUGGCUCAAAAAUCAAGGAAAUACGUCAAUCCACUGGCUGUUCGAUUCAGGUUGCCAGUGAAAUGUUGCCAAAUUCAACAGAACGAGCCGUUACUUUGAGCGGCACUGCCGAGCAAAUAACCCAAUGUAUCUAUCAGAUUUGUCUCGUUAUGCUGGAGUCACCACCAAGGGGAGCCACCAUACCGUAUCGGCCAAAACCGCAAGUAUCUGGACCAGUCAUUUUGGCAAACGGACAAGCCUAUACCAUACAAGGCAACUAUGCUGUACCCGCACAAGAGACAUGCCCAGUUUUUCCACUGGCCUUGGCCACCGGUGGCCUACACGCUGGUAUCUCAGGUUUGACGGAUCCUCUCUUGAAAGGGGCACAUUUGCAGGGAGCGGUGCCGGCAGCCCACCAUCAUCUACAGCAUAUACCCGAUGUGGCAAAGAAUCCAUUGGCUAGCUUGGCAGCGUUGGGUUUGGCUGGCAUAACACCAACCAAUACAGGUGGACUCAAUCCCACAGCAGCUUUGGCCGCACUCGCUGGCUCGCAGCUGCGUACAGCCAAUGCAAGUCGCACGCAGCAGCAGCAGCAUGAAAUGACCGUGUCCAAUGACUUGAUUGGCUGCAUUAUCGGCAAGGGUGGCACAAAGAUUGCCGAAAUACGUCAAAUUUCCGGUGCAAUGAUACGCAUUUCGAAUUGCGAAGAGCGCGAAGGUGGCAAUACCGAUCGUACAAUCACCAUUAGCGGCAAUCCGGAUUCGGUGGCAUUGGCUCAAUACUUAAUCAACAUGAGCGUUGAACUGCAGAAGGCUAAUCUACAGGAGGCGAAUAAUGUCGCUAAUGGCCAGAACAACAGUGGCAACAACAGCAACACUAACGCCGCAAAUGGUGGCAGCAAUGGCAAUGCCAACGGUAACACCAAUAAUAGCAAUCACUUAAGCGGCACGUCCAAUUUGGGCAGUGGCGGCAGCAAUAACAGCUUGAAUCAGAGCAACAGCAGCAAUCAUAGUAGCAGCAAUAGUUUAAACAAUUUAAACACAAACACAAGCAAUUCGAACAGCAACACCAACAACACACACUCAACAACAGCCAUGACAAUCGCAAACAACAGCGGCAACGGUAGCGGUAGCGGCGGCAGCAACAGCACUGGUAGCAAUAGCGGCAGCAACAUAACCUUAAACACCACAUCCAACAAUCCAACCAAUCCAUUUUCCAGUUCACUACCAUUUACAAAUCCACCAAAUCCCUUUGCAACUUCCACAGCAGUAAGUUCGUUAGCCACCGCUAUACCGUUAGCGCAAUUGUUGUCCAAGCCGGGCGCUUUGAAUGCACUCUCGAGUCUGACCGCACUCGGUGGUCUAACCGAUCUAUUGGGCGGACUGGCCACACUCAAUGGUCCACCCAUACAGACAACUGGUGUGCACCGCACUAAAAGUUUUGUAUCGACACGUUUUCGUAGCCACAAUCAUACCGAUGGCAAUACAGAUAGCGAUAAGACGCGUAACAAGUUCAAUCCUUAUUAGAGUAGUGAAUGAGUUUAGAAAGAAGAGUGCAGUGGAAGUGAUAGUGUGAACGCUUUGGAAAGUUUGCGUGAUGAAAGCUUUUGAUGUAGAAAAGUCGAAAGCCUUUGAAAUGGUAGUGUGAAAGCUUUGGCAGUAAAAGGAUGAAAGCUUGAAGAAUGG